AACAUCCCAAUUGCACCAACUUUAUGUUUCUUGUGGAGUUGCAGCUGACUGUAGUAGUAACAGUUGGUUUCUGGGUUUUGACAAAGAGAACAGACAGCUGCUGCAGCAGUGUCCAUUUGUUUUACUUGAAGACCUGGUGUAAACAUAAUGUGAUAUGAAUGUUUUUUUCCUGCAGGUUGCAGUGUUUGGUUUACUGUCCAUUGAGCAGAAGGCUCAGUUCAUCUUGCAGCCGGAUACAGGAGUGUUGGAAAAUGACUUAGUGAUUAGAGAGGUGUUUAGCAGUAUGAUCGCAUCUUUUGAUCUCAAUCAACUUGGCAUGUUCUUCACAAACUUCAGCCAGACUGCAAAACAAAUGAACCUCACUAGCAUUCCUUCAGCAAUUUCAGACACCAUUCUGAACAUAACACUCUUAGAUCUGGUGCCUCACUUCCAACAUUUCAGCCCAGAGGACUUUGCCCUGUGGUUCCAUAAUUACCUUUCCAUCUUACUUCCUGGUAUUGGUUCAAACACCCUGUCGAUCAUCCCCAUGACCAUCGGCUGUGAAUCCUACAGAGAGAUAGUGAAAGGACUUGAUAAUGUGUACCGUGACCUCUCUGCAACACAGUCCAUCACUGUUUUCAAUUACAUACAAGACUAUCUCAAGUACCAGUCCAGCCAAGGCCUGAGUUGCUAUGGUGGUGGAAGCUUUUACAUGUUCCUGAAACAGUUGUUCCUCAGUUUUGGAUUCCCUGACCUAAUAGACUUCCUGUCUCUUAUCCCAGAUGACCGACAGACAGAGCUCUUGAGCUCCAUCUCUCCAGAAGAACUUGGUGAGUUUCUGAACAGACCGAACACAGUUGUUAAUGGUUCCCAGCUCUGCACACUACUUGACAAGUACAGUAGGACCAAUCAGUACCUGGAGAUGGAGCCUGUUUUGUCCUCAGUUCUGGCCAGCCAAACAUUGGAGUGUGUGUGGCCUCGUGCUCUCAGUGCCUCAACUCAGGCUGAUGUAGAACAGUGGUUUAAUGUUAUACUGGUUCACUACCUGCCCUACCUCAGAUCUCAGCUCAUCAGCUCCACCCAGCUCAGUGGUGCCUCUUGUCUGUCAUACAGGAAACUGGUGUCUAUCCUGGGGGACAACUUUAAUUUUUCUGCAGCUGAUUUCUCCCCAGCUGAUGUGUACAGCUCUAUAAAAGUGUAUCUGAGAAGUGGCAGUAAGAAUAACUACAUUUUUCUUGUUUCUUUUUUCUAGUUCUCUCUGUACAAGCAUUUCCUUUGUUUGUGUGUGCACUACAUGGGUGUCUCAACAUGUGAUUGUGUAUUUUGCAGAUGCCAGCCCCCGCUGCUAUAACUCCUCAGAUCCUUUUCUGAACUCCACUGCCUGGUUUGCAGACAACAUUGGAUUCUUCAUCACCUUCAUCACCCUCAGUGAUCUACAAUCCUUUC